UGGACCCUCCGGUUGGUGUGAUCAUUAUAAUUGGUGACCAACGGACUAAAUGCUAUGCAUCUUUCUUUGUGACUUGCUAUUGACCUCUGCUCCAGUUUGAAUUUUGAAUUUCUUGUUUGAAAUGUGGGCUCUCUUCUAACGUCCAAUGCUACCUAUUUAUUCUCCUUUCUCCCUCGUUUCAUUAGUUUUGAAGGGAGAGGAGUCUUCCAGGCUUGAAGCUCUAAAUCAAGCAAUGCCGAGUUCGAGAGGGUCAGCAGAGAUGCCGCAGCGGCAAUCGCCGCGGACGCCGCUUCAUCUGAAGGCCACCGCCUGCUCUGAAGCCAAUGGCGUCCACCGCCACUCCGUGGAUCGAAGUCCGAAGCUGGAGGACCGCCGCUCGCCUCGCAGCACCCUUCAUGAGAAGAAGAGGGGCACUCGGGUGGCGGAUUUAGAGACGAAGUUCCGCCGAGCCCAGGAGGAGCUCAAGAAGCUAAGGGAGCAGCUGGCCUCCACCGAGUCUGCCAAGAAGGAAGCCCAGGAAGCACUCGAAGAGGCCAAGAAACGAAUCCCAGCCGUCGCCACCACUCCCCAGAAAUUGGAUGAGGAGAAGCCUCCUCUUCCCUUGAAAGAAGAAACCGAGACUGCCUGUCCAUGCUUGGAUUCUCUAGAGAAGAGCGAGCAAAAGGUGGAAAACGAAUUGCCGGAGCCCAGAUCCGAGGGGGAGAGCAUCAACUCCACUGCCACUGAUGUGUUUGAAGUAGUCUGGCCGGCUUCGUUCCCAGCUGAGACAAGUAAAACAGACAAUGAGAUUGGGGAUGAUAAUGAGAAGGAAGUGAAGGAGAAGCAAGAGGAAGAGGCGAAGGCAAUGACCGAGAAAGAUGGUGAGACUGAGAUGACUGCAAUGGAGAAGAAGGAACUAGAGGAAGAGGAGAACAAGCCUACGGAGAUCGCCGAGAGCCCAGAGGUAUUGGAACUCAAGGCCAAGCUACUGGAGAAGGAGAAGGAAGUGGAGAAUUUGUUGGUGGAGAAUGAGGGUCUGAAGAAGAAGGCAGAGGAAGUUACGGAGAAUGCCAUGGCGGCCGCGAGAGCACAAGAAGAGAAGCUGGGCUCAGUGGAGGAGGAGCUGAAGGAGAGCCAGGCGAAGAUGGAGAGGCUGGGGGAGCAGCUGGAGACGUUGGAGGAGACGAGGGCGGCGCUGGAGGCAGAGAUGAAACGGCUGAGGGUGCAGACAGAGCAGUGGCGGAAGGCGGCUGAGGCGGCAGCGGCUGUGCUGGCACCGGGGCCGGGGGCAGAGAUGAUGGGGGGAAGAAGGAUGGCGGAGCGGUGCCGGUCCCUGGACAAACACCUUGGUGCCAGAGCCGGGGGAUUCGCGGGAUGGGGAUCGCUGCUGAUGGGCGGGGAGAUGGACGAAGAGGGUAUCGAGGGAGGGAAGAGGAGGGGAUCCGGAAUUCGAAUGUUCGGAGAUCUCUGGAAGAAGAAGGGCCACCAGAAAUAGAGUAUAGAGGAUGACAUGGAAUAAGACUGGUGGGAGGAGGGAAGGGAAUGUGUUUGGAGGUCCAUCAACCCUUUGGAUCAAUCCUCUCCUCUUUUUUCUCUUUGGCUUUCUUACUAUUUUGUUUGGUACUGUAAUGUUGUAUUGCUGCAGCUAUUGUUGCUUAUGGCACAGCCAACUAGCCAAGUUGUUUUGGCAUAUAUCUAGAAUUGGCUUUGAGAGUU